AAUUAUCCUUAAAAUAAUUCAUCGGUCUCGUGUUUUCUUUCUAUAAAAACUCUAUUUCUCUUUACAUGUAUGUUUUGUAGGUUGUAGGUGAACUGUACUAAAUCUUCUCUCUCAAAUAUUAACGGCAAUGGCGACGAAUGCAAGCCCUAGUACGAGGCCGACGGUGUACCUGCAGGAUGCGGAGGAGGUUCAGAAGGUGUUCGAGCGGUUCGACUCCAACAGCGACGGCAAGAUCUCGGCGGAGGAGCUCGCCUGCGUCAUGAAGGCCCUGGGAUCCGACGUCUCGCCUGAGGAACUGGGCAGGAUUAUGGAGGGAAUAGACACCGACAAGGACGGAUUCAUCAACCUCCAAGAGUUCGCCAGCUUCUGCAAGGGCGAGGGCGAGGGCGAGGGCGAUGGCGGCAUGAAGGAGCUCCGCGAGGCGUUUGACCUCUACGACGAGGAUAGGAACGGCUUGAUCUCCGCCGCGGAGCUGCAUAAGAUCCUCACCCGCCUCGGCGAGCACUGCACCAUGGACGGCUGCGUCGGGAUGAUCGAAUCGGUGGAUUCCGACGGCGACGGCAGCGUGAGCUUCGAGGAGUUUAAGAAGAUGAUGACGAAGAAGCAGUAGCCGUCCAUCGUCCAGACGAGGCGCGUAAUAAUGGUGCCACGCAAGUGAUUUUGGUGUGCGUGGAAGUAGGGUAUCAUGUUGUCGGCUUGUCGCCCAGUAUUGCCAGUAAUAAUACUAUUUAUUGCUAUUGCUAUAAAUAGGAACUACUUUGAUAUUUUUAUAAACUAUUAUUAUUAUUUUUAUAAAAUAUCACUGUUUUUUUUAUAGUAAUAAAUACUCUUUUUAUCCUA